CUUUAGAGAGAGAGGAGCUUUUUAUAAACAUGGAGAUUUAGCUUGACGACAUUCGACGGUUCCCGGCGUUAUUAUUAAACUUCUUUUUCGAUAUUUGCUAUCAGCGUCGACUAACUUAUCUAGGCCUUUCAGUUGUGACUAAGAACAUCAGACGAUGGCGCUAUUGGACCUGGGUCGAUAAAAUUUUGAGAAUCACUGAUGACAAGGACUAAGCUUAGGAAAUACUGUCGACACAGGACAUUCGUAUCAAUAGCUAGCCUGUGCAACGAAGGUGUACUGUUAGCUAGGAUAGCAUGUAGGGCUUGUGUGAAUACAUAUAAUUCUUGGACUACUGGACCGAUUGAUGUACACAUGUGAUAACAGAUGAUAUUGACUUCAAAACGGUUCUCGUAGAAAUAGUGUUAUAUUGCAUUUUCUUCGAUUCCGGAGUACAUUUGAUUGAUGAAGACACUUUGACAUGGAGUACAUUUGAUUGAUGAAGACAAUUUGACAUGGAGUACAUUUGAUUGAUGAAGACACUUUGACAUGGAGUACAUUUGAUUGAUGAAGACAAUUUGACAUGGAGUACAUUUGAUUGAUGAAGACAAUUUGACAUGGAGUACAUUUGAUUGAUGAAGACACUUUGACAUGGAGUACAUUUGAUUGAUGAAGACUCUUUGACAUGGAGUACAUUUGGUUGAUGAAGACACUUUGACAUGGAGUACAUUUGAUCGAUGAAGACACUUUGACAUGGAGUACAUUUGAUUGAUGAAGACAAUUUGACAUGGAGUACAUUUGAUUGAUGAAGACACUUUGACAUGGAGUACAUUUGAUUGAUGAAACACUAUGACAUUGAUCACUUUACAGAAACAGCUUGUGUCAGAGCAUUGUUCUUUAAUGAUUUAGAAUAGCAAUGUCCAAAUAAAUAAAAAAAAACGCGGGCCAUAUCCGCCCUGUGAAACGGCAAUAUCCGGUUCCUCGAGACUUCUAACCACAUUGCCUGAUGUCGCUGUAGAAGUAAUGAAAUAAGUUCUCGACUGCACCUCAACAAGCGCUUUAAAUGAUGUUCAGACUUCAGUAUAAAAACUGCUUAACGGCCCGGUGUCUGCUCAAGAAGUUAAAAAUAUUUUUCUACGUCCAGUCUGUUCUUUUGUGCAUCUACGUCAUCUACUCUGGGCGUGGGGCUUUGUCUCCAUCGCCCUCAGACUAUCGCAACCUCAGGGCGCUGCCUUCGUCUCAAGAGAUAGACACGAGGGUGAAAGCCCUGGACCUAAUCAAAUUUCUAUCUCCCUCAUCCCUGGGUGAAAACUGGCACGUUUCUGGCAUUGACGUGAACCGGCAGCUCAAUGGAAAAGACAUCCGCAACAUCUUUAACGUUUUGGCCUCGGCGGAUCGUCCGGAAGAAAAGAGGACCCCCAUGAAUUCAGGUCAAGAAGAUCAAAGACGUAACUCUGCUUCAGCAAGCUGCUCUUUAAGGAAUAUCGAAAAAAUUCAAACGAUGUACAAAGUUUCUGAAGUAAACUGUAAACAAAUUUUCGCUGGCGACCAGAACGCCACGUCAUAUGCUAUAACAAGAAAUAAGAAGACCAAAAAACAACUGUUGUCGAACGAAUUUUAUCUGAAUUUGUCGGAAAACUGUGAACAUUUCAAAACACAAAGAGGCUACGUCACAUGUCCCUUGCACUCUGAUGAGGAGAACUUUCCCAUUGCUUUUUCACUGCUGGCGUAUAAAGAUAUUGAGAUGGUUGAGCGACUCCUGAGGUUAAUAUACAGACCACAGAACUACUACUGUGUCCAUGUAGACAAAAAGGCCGAGCCUGGUUUCCUGAGUGCGAUCUCAGCCAUCUCUCAAUGUUUUCAAAAUGUGUUCAUUGCUCCAGAGCGGGUGGAUGUCCAGUGGGGGACUUUUAGCGUCCUGGAGCCGGAGUUUGUCUGCAUGAAGGAGCUUUGGAGAUAUAAAAAAUGGAAGUAUUUUAUAAACCUGACGGGGCAGGAGUUCCCGCUCAAGACCAAUUGGGAGCUGGUUCAAAUCUUAAAAGCUUACAGAGGCGCAAAUGAUAUAGAAGGUACAGUGAAAAGAGUUAAAAAAAGCAAAUGGACUUCAAAACCACCUUUCAACUUAACGGCAGUAAAAGGCUCAGUGCACAUAGCAGCCAAUAGGGACUUCGUCGAUUUUAUUCUACAUAAUAAACGAAUCAAGACAAUUCUGGCCUGGGUGAAUACAUCGAGAAUUCCUGAUGAGACAUUGUUUGCAACGUUGAACCAUAACCCCCAGCUGGGUAUUAGGGGAACAUAUAGAGGUGUCCCAGAGACGGAGAACAGCACGUCCCUGGUCAAACCUUUUCUAACGAGGUUUAAAAACUGGAGGGGACCACCGCACGAUUUUCCAUGUGCAGGUCAUUUCUACCGCGGCAUUUGUAUUCUAUCCACAGGUGAUCUACCACUCCUAGGGAGUGCCAAACAGAUGUUCGCAAAUAAAUUCUAUCUUUCCGAAGACUCGACAGUAGUUAGCUGUCUUGAAGAGCUUCUCUUUAACCGAACAAGAGACGAGACGAAGGGAAUUAGCCAAUUUAAUUCUAAUUACUACAGCCAACUGGGUUUUGUAUGGAAUCAAGUCCCUUAAUUUAUAUAUUUAGCAUAGUUUAUGGCUUUUUUAGCGGUUUGUUUUCAAACUACGGAUUUGUUAAAAUGUUAUUUGGUUGUUGAUAAUAAAGGCACAGACCAUUAAAUUCUGUAAGAGAAUAGGAUAAAAUGUUCUCUAAAUACAUUUUAGAAAUAUACACAGGCCAAUGCAACCUAUGGAACCGCAGUGGGCCCCGCACUUUCAUAGUACCCGCGCUAAUUCUAGGUGUAUGUUGCUAACAUUGAUACUCAUUUGUAAAGAAAUAGGUGCCAGUACACAAAUAUGGAUCGCCUUUGAACUACUAAUAAAUUAAUAAUAAAUGUUAAAAUACAAGAAAAGUAAUAAUUUUUCCCCACAUUGAAAAAGGUGCAAUUACACCCUACCGGUGAGUACCGUCACAAAAAAAGCACUGAUUUUAUUAAACCAUUUUAAUCGGUCCCCGAAUGGGGAAAAGACGCUAUUAGUUUUCUGUCCAACAGUUCGUCCAUUCGUCCCGUUUAGAUCUCGUAAACUAGAAAAGAUAGCGAAAAACCGACAUCAUAAUAAUUUAGACCAUUCAAAGUUCUGAUGCAACGGCUACUUUUUUCUUUUCUAAAAGCGAAAAGUCAAAUUUUUUUAAAAUCCCUUAUGCAAGCAGUUUUUUCAUAAAAAUACAUCACUUUUACAACUAUUCACUAUUAAUAGUAACAAACACGAAAUGCUCUUUAGUAGGGGAGACAUAUUUUAUCCAUUCUCACAACACAAAUGGUUUUAGAUUUAUUUAAAAUAUUUUUUUUUUUACAAUUGUAUUGCAAAGUUACGAACUAACUACUACAUUUUCACAAUAGAAAUGUUUACUUUUUUUAAAGAAAAAAAUCUAUUUAGUAUGCAUAUAAUUUGAACAUAAUUUUAAACAAUUAAUAAGUAGCACUAAAGAGCAGGUCAAGACACAUGCGUAAUUGUAUAGACAGUAAUACCCAUUUACUCAUUCCCGAUGUCUUGACCAAAUCUUGCUUCCAGAAAAGGUUGGGCGAGAGAGUGAGGUCGACGUGCUGCGCGAAUCCUCCUCAGUUAAAUUCAAAUUCCAGUGCAAGCCACUAAUCAUCUCCCCCCCCCUCCCAAUCAAAGCCCUCAGCCCCCUAGAUUACAAACUGGUCAUCAUCGAACCAUGAUAGACGAACUAUAUAUUAUCGCUGCAGCGCUGCCCCACAAUCAUGCACCAUUUAACUAAAAAAAACAUUUUUUUUUUACGGAAAUGCUUUUUUCUUGAGGAUUUGAAUAAGAAAUUGAUCCUUUACAAAACAAUUAAAUCAAUUAGAUAUUCAUUAUAAGACAUCAGUUAGACUAGGUUCACAUCCAACUUCACAAUCACUUUCACCUAUUCUUUGGUCUGCUGAACCGCUUGGGCACCACGCAAGAUCCGUCAACCUUCUUUCUCCAUUCUUCUCUGUCAUUUGUCUCUGAUGGAAUUUCAUUCUGAUGCCCUUUUUGAAAAUAUUGAAAUUUGCCUUUUUGCCUGCCUUGGUGGACCACUUCGCGGGCCGAUUUUGAGCUUGUGUUUCCACACAAACUGUCUUUGUAACCUUGUAUAAUUUAUAAAAGAUUUCCCGCGGCCUUCUCAUUUACCAGGAGCUCCUAGAAAUCUCCUGAAAUUGCAAAAUAUAUGAAAAAGUCCUGGAAAUCUCCAGAAAUUAUUAAAAUCUUUUGAAAAAUCGUUAAAAUCUCCUGAAAUAUAGACAAAAUAUCAUUUUGGGGUGUUAUUCAAUAUGGAAAUCGCCAAUCCUACCCGUAAAUGCGGAAUCUGGAGAAAGAAGCUUCUCGAGCUGCAAACUAAUGAAGAAUUACUUGAGUUCAACAUUUCUCGAAGAUAGAUUAAAAUAUUUGGUAAUUCUUGCUAUUGAGCGUGAUCUAUGUAAGAAACAGAAUUUUUAUGAUAUACUGUAUGACUUUGCUACACGCAAGGCUCGUGUAGUAAUUCUGUAGGUAGUAAAGAAUGAAUAAAAUGCAAAGACGAAUUUAUUUUCCAAUACAAACUCUUAAUUUUCACUUAUUAUCCGUAUCCUUACCCAAAGUGGGCCCCACGCAAUCCGUUUCGUAUAGGGCCCCGCAAUCGUUUAGUACGGCCGCAAUAUACAACUUCAAACUGAAAACCUUUGUUCUAAUACAAAAAAACAAACACACAAAACCAUUGCACUUAAUUUCAAUCUCGAAACUAAAUCCACCGCAUGUUUUUUCUCAAACAUGGCCUAUAAAGAUGUAAAAGAUCAAAGAUUCUGAUUUAUAUAAUAAAAGAUUCUCUUGUUGUUGACGGUCAUUGAUUGGUAGCACUAAUCUGCUGGUAGACAAACCGCUGUAGGCGUAAUAUAUCUUAACUAAUAAAACUUGAACUAACUUGUGAACAAUACUAAUUAUAACUUGAUUUUAAAUAUAGACAAUAUCAAAUUCAUCUAAGAUAAAAUAAAUGUACUAGACUUUAGAAAUAAUAUUAUUUAACAAAAUCUAACUCAAUACAAUAGCACAACCUUUCAGUCUCACGUUCUGGAGUCGUCUGUCUUUGAAGCCCGUUAGGGACUGGAUUUAUAAGGAGCCCCAUAAUGAAAUAGCUUAGGACCGUAUCAAGUUUAAGUCCGGCCCAGUAGACUUUUGUUAUUUGUUGCUGUUAUAUUUUGUUGUAUUGUUGAGCUUUGUUGAAUAAAAAAAUCACUGACAAAAGUUCAAAUCGUACUAUCAUCGUACAGUGUGUA